AGGAUGACGUAGAUUUCGAACUUAAUAUCGCAUCAAUUAUAUCAGAUACAUAUAGAUUUUUGCCUUCCAAUUGGGAUAUCUUUUUCCUUGGUUAUUGUAGCUAUACUGAAGGUUCUGGUCGCUUAUUAGAUGGCCAAAGUAUUUUAUCACCUUAUAAAAUACAUAAAUCUGAUAAACCAUAUUGCCUUCAUGGUUACGCUGUUUCACGUGCUGGCAUACUCAAAUUAGUAAAACAACUUGCCCCAAUAACUGACACAAUUGAUGCAAUAAUUGUUUAUUUAGUUCAGUCAGGAUAUCUUAACUCUUAUUCUCUUGUACCAUUGGCAAUGGUACAGUGGCGUUCUUCUAUUAAUCCAUCAAGCAUUGCUCCUGAAUUUAAAUAUCAUUAUUUCAUCUCUUUACAGCAUUCUGCUUUAGAGCAAUUUGAACUUAUUAAAGAAACUAAUAAUACUCUUGGAUUCAAUAAGAUUUACCUCAUUAAUUAUGAGGACGAGCCGAACUAUCAAAAGAUUGUUGAAAAGUUAUCAAAAAUGUCUGAUAAAUUAUGUUUAGCUUUUACUAAUUUCAAUGUUAAUUCCUCUUAUUCAAGUCAUUAUGAAAUCUACAAAUCAAUUAUCAAUUAUGAAUAUGGUAGUGCUUUGAUUUUAGAAGGCGAUAUGGACAUUGAACUUAGAAUCACAUCAAUUAUG